GUGAAAGUACAUAAUUCCGGGCUAUCUGAAACAUUAAUUGGAAUUCUUAAUUUACGACAUUGCGUUGAAACUUCAAAUUUCAAAUCAUCUUCAGCUAUUGGCAAUAUUAUAAAUACCUUAUCCACGAUAUUUUCAACUUCGGAUCUUCCUCUGGUUAUUAAGUCAUCCCUGGAAUACUGA